GCCAGCUUCCUUCAAGCCAAACAGAGCAGGCCGACUACACCAGAACUUCGGCAACCAUAAGCCUGAAGCCGGAGACUCAAAAGACGCAACACACCUCGGCGACUCACCCGGGCGUGCGCAGUUUCUUAUCGUGGCUCUAGUAGAAUCUACCUGCUGCUAGUACUAGUCGCUGUCGCCGUCGCCAUCGCGGCCUCAAAAAGAGACCCUUUUGGAGGCUAGCGCAUUUGCUCCGUUUGGAGCAUUCGCCUGGCAGCUGUUUAUCAUCCAGACGCUUGCCAACGACAUCGGACUGAUAUCCUCCAUCCCAUCCGCCCUCCGCCUUUUUCACUUUCUACCAUCUAGAGGCUACAUUCCAAAUUCUGCCUCCGUUAUUAUAUCUCGCUGACAGGCGCCCACCAUAUCCGGCCAUACUAGUUAGUACCUGGUAUUUUCUCGCCUUGGAAAACCAUCGCAAUCUGACGCAGUGCCUUGCCGCCCCACAACCAAAUCACAAACAGUUCUGCCUACGACAACGGCGACCGGCUACCCUCCUAUAUCAAGUCGAAGAUUCUGCGAGGCCCCGGCAGUCUCCCAAUAGCUAUUCUUGGGCCACACUACUCGCCGCCAAUAUUAAGACCAAAGGGCUCCUUUCCUGCCGCAUCCGGAGUCCGCCUUUCGCAUCUGCGGCCCGCGGUCAUUCUCGAGAUAUCCCGAGACCAAAGCCAAGAUGACCUCCUUAAUAUUCGGAACAAUAUGGCUAGGCCACAAAGGCUUUGUCAAGCAUAAGCGCGACAAACAACGUCAGAAAAACUACGAGCGUUGGGAAGGUCUGCGUGACGAGUAUGAUGAGCAGAGAAAGAUCACCAGAGAAUCGAGAUCUCUUGACAUUCAACGAACCGGGUCAGAGUACGCUGCGGAUCCAGAUGCCGACCGUCCAAUCCUCACUCUACGAGACCAACAAGAGGCGAACGACGCCCGUACCGGAUGGCGACCUCAAGAGGCGUGGGAUGGGCCAGUUUCGCGCCGGACCAGUGUGGAAGUCAUUGCGGGUUCGGGCCUGAGGCCUGUCGCACGUCACAAGACAGGAUCGACGUGGGAUGAAGAUUUACCGCCACCGCCCCGAGUGAGCCGGCGCAAUUGGGAUGACUAUCAAGCGUCGAACCAGAGCGGCAGUCUCAGCAGGAGUGGAAGUGUCAGGGUUGAAAGUCAUGUCGCCAGUGGAACACAUACGCCUCGAGACGAACGUAGCAGAAGCAGAACGCCGUCUGCAUUUUCGCGGACGGCAUCUCCUCGACCGGAAAGGUCUGGGCCGACGACAGCCGCGCAUCAUUCCAGGAGUGUCAGUGCUCCCGUUGACCUCGAUCUUCUUCAGGAAGCCGUGGAACCGAUCGAGAACCCGGUUCCUGGUGGGAAAAUGGCCGAGUUGAUAGAGAUGGGAGGUACCGAACCAGUACAACCACAACCGACACAACCUGUCCACUUGACCAACAGUCCACCACUGGUUCCAUAUGCCACUGGAUUUCCGCCGCCAGUCUCUAAUCCUAGUUCCAAUCCAUUUGUAUCUCAAGCUGCUCCUGUCCUGCAGCCUUUGGCUACCGGCAGUGUCACACAGCCUCCUCCAAUUCAGCCGGUCGACAGUCAACCACCUCUAUCACAAACUCUCUCGCCGAUCACCGAAGGCUUCACAACGAGCCAACCCUUUUCUGCACCUUACUCGCAACCGUUCUCGCAGCCAUUGGCUCAAUCCAUGGCGCAGCCUACCAUGUCUCCUAUGUCUCCUACCUUCCCGCCUACCACGUCACAGGCCCCGUCUCAACCUUUUGCCCAGCCUCAGUCCCAGCCUUUCGGCCAGGCUAGUCCGGGAACUAUGGACGAAUGGUGGAACAGACCUUGAAGAGAAAACCUUCUCAUAUGUUUUACGGCCUGGUGCCCACAAGUGUGGUUUCGACGCAUACAAUGCGAUCCAACAGUUGACAGGGAACGACUAAUGAUCCUGACGGCAAAGCCACUUCGCAAGCUAUAUGGCGUCGAACAACCCUCCACGAGAUCAUGCUUCCGUGAUCCAUUAAAUCCUUGCCUGCGCCUCAAGAGCCAUUGAGAGGGGAUUGUCGGAUUUCUCCUGACUCCUCUGUCUGGACGAGCGGGUGCCGAGACGGAUCUUCCGCUGAUCUUGACAGAAGAAGGCGAUUCAACGACUCUGACCUAUGCGACUCGAGCAAGGAUCCAGGGAGAAGAUGAGGGAAGAAGCGCGCAGAGCCAUGAUAUAUAGCGAUUGUGGAUUCAUGAACAUGCAGGAAUGUACAUUAUUUGAAGGCGAUAUCUAACGUACAUCAACAUUGAAGUCAAAUACUUGCACCUACACACACACACACACACACACACAC